AAGGCGGGACCAGCCCGACAUUAGUGCAAUUCAUCUCACCUUCCUUUAAAAAUCUCUUUCUCUUUUUCUUAAAUUUAUAACCAUCAUCGCCGUUGGCUAACUAUUUGCAGGUUGCCACUAGGUACUGCACCAGAAAAAUUAAAGCUUUUGCUAUAAUAAACUGGAUCUACGAAAGAAGAGUUGAAGAUGGUGGCUUGUAUUUUUCAGGUAUUUGAUGCAAUUGGAAAUUGCUUGAGUGCCGGUAUUAAAGCUGAGAGCCACAGCAACACAGGGCUCAGUUCAAAGUAUGAUAGUGGUGAUGGGAAAGAUGUUAGCAGUGAAAGCAGCAACAGCAAAGUUUCAUCAUUUUCAGCACCUUUGACACCUCGGAGUGAGGGUGAGAUUUUGCAGUCCCCCAAUUUGAAAAGUUUCAGCUUUGCUGAUCUCAAAAUGGCCACAAGGAAUUUUCGUCCCGAUAGCGUGCUUGGAGAAGGCGGUUUCGGCUCCGUGUUUAAGGGGUGGGUCGAUGAAAAUUCCUUUACUGCUACCAAGCCUGGAUCUGGCAUUGUUAUUGCUGUCAAAAGGCUUAACCAGGAUGGGUUCCAAGGUCACAAGGAAUGGUUGGCAGAAGUGAAUUAUCUGGGACAGCUUUAUCAUCCUAAUCUUGUGAAACUGAUUGGAUAUUGCUUGGAGGACGAGCACCGCCUGCUGGUGUACGAAUUCAUGCCUCGUGGCAGCUUGGAGAAUCAUCUAUUCAGGAGAGGUUCUUAUUUCCAGCCUCUUUCUUGGAGCCUACGGUUGAAAGUUGCCCUCGGUGCUGCGAAGGGACUCGCCUUCCUUCACAGUGCGGAAACAAGAGUUAUAUACCGAGACUUCAAGACUUCCAACAUCUUGCUCGAUACGAACUACAAUGCAAAGCUCUCUGAUUUUGGGUUGGCCAAAGAUGGGCCAACAGGUGAUAAGAGCCAUGUUUCUACCCGAGUUAUGGGGACUUACGGAUAUGCUGCUCCGGAGUAUCUUGCCACAGGUCAUUUGUCUGCAAGGAGUGAUGUGUAUAGUUUUGGAGUUGUGCUGCUGGAGAUAUUAUCUGGCCGGAGAGUAGUUGACAAGAAUCGACCAUCUGGAGAACAUAAACUGGUGGAAUGGGCCAAACCUUACCUUGCCAACAAACGCAAAAUAUUUCAUGUCCUAGAUAAUCGCCUUGAAGGCCAGUAUACAAUCGAAGGAGCCUUUAAGGCUGCUACCCUUGCUUUGCGAUGCCUGUCGAUCGCUGCCAAGUUCAGACCAAGCAUGAAUGAGGUUGUAACUGCAUUAGAGCAGCUCCAGGAUUCUAAUGACUCCAGAAUUAAUCACAACAAUACUAACAGCGUACCUCGGAGACGUAGGCAAAGUGCAGAUGAUGCUACCGGUGGAAGGAGUACGACUGCAUACCCUCAGCCAUCUGCUUCGCCUCUUUAUGCCUGAUAACAGAAUCAAGGCCCUGAACCAAAGUUGCUUACCUACCAAGUAUAGUGGGUGAAUCGUCUCCGGAACUUGGGCAUUGUGCCUUGUGGCUGUACAGUUAUUAUAUGAAGCUAAUGUACUCUAAAGUUGGAAUGAAUGUGCAAUGCCGUAUUUUGAUUUUGAGAUUACAAAGCGUUUGUUACACUUUGAGAGCUAACUUGGAAAAAGGGUGUAAUUGCUUUCCUAUGACCACAAUCACUAAGGAUCUUCACAUUUCCAGUCGAAUUGUAAUCAUAUUAUUAUUUCAUUUAUGAUUACUUUCUUUGUUGUCCUUUGAGAUUGAAA